AUGGAUGCGGAGAAGAACGGACAGUUGCCCCCGUACAGCGCUGUCGCUGGUUCGCCGGCGCAGCCACACGCAUGGCAUCAGCAGGGCCGACGGCAUGUGCGACGAUCUCGAGCAGUGCGCCUGAUGGCGCUGUCGUUCCUGGCCUUCAUUGUCUACGCACAGUGGAGGCAGAUCCCGGCUCAGCCCCCUCUCGACAGCGACGGCAGUCAUUCCGUUUCGGUCAAUGGGCUGUCUAUCUCCAAGCUGCAGGCUGACCUUGCCGUCUGCUCGAAGCUGCGCGCGACGCCCAGCGACCCAAUCGGCCUGGGCCGUGAGCGCAACGCCAGGUACAUCGAUGGCCACAAGCCCACACUCAUACGAAAUGCCACCGUCUGGGUCGGUGAGCCGGUCGAGGGCACAUCCGCCGAGGCUGCACGGGCUGGGGAGGGCUGUGAAUGGAUCAACGCGGACGUCUUCCUGGAGUAUGGCCUCAUCAAGGAAGUUGGCAAGGAUAUUGCCAUCGCAAACCUGCCCAAGGAUACCAUCAUCUGGGAUGCAAAGGGGCGACAGCUGACUGCCGGUGUCAUCGACAUGCAUAGCCACUCCGGAGUCGACUCCCUGCCGGAGUUGAAAGGCAACAGCGACGUUAAUGAGAUGUCCUCGGAUACCACGCCGUACGUCCGCUCUAUCGACGGAAUCCAGCCCACGGAUCAUCAGAUCCAAGUGAUCAAGUCCGGCGGCGUGACCACCAGCUUGGUCCUCCCCGGAUCCGGCAACAACAUCGGCGGCGAGGCAUACGUGAUCAAGCACGCCGUAGGGAAGCCCGACGGCCGCGAGGAGAUUAGUGCCGAGGACAUGCUUGCGGACCCGGACAAGAACUGGAGGUACAUGAAAAUGGCGUGCGGCGAGAACGCCAAACGGGUCUACGGCAAGGUCGGCGAGAGGGGCCCUGUGAGCAGGCUGGGCGAGUCGUGGGAGUUCCGCCACGCCUUUGAGCAGGCGGCCAAGGUCAACCGCGAGCAGGACGACUGGUGCAACGCCGCGGGUGCCUUUGGCGUGGAGAACAUGAGCUCCUACCUCCCGCAGGAGCUACAAUGGGAGUCCCUAGCCGCGGCGUUGCGAGGACAGGUGCACAUCAACACCCACUGCUACACCAUUCCAGAUCUGGAGGCCAUGGUGGAUCACACCAACGAGUUCAAGUUCCCCGUGCGGGCUUUCCACCACGCACAUCAGACGUUCCUCGUACCCGAGAUUCUCAAGCGCACGUGGGGCGGCCGGCCCCCUGCGUCAGCGAUAUUCGCUACAAACAUGUAUUACAAGGCCGAGUCUUACAUCGGAUCCGAGUAUGCUGGAAAGUUUCUGUACGAGCAAGGUCUUGCGACGGUCUAUGUCAGCGACAACCCAGUCUUGAAUGCCCAGCACGUCAUUUUUGAGGCAGCUAAAGGCUACAAGUUCGGCCUGCCAUACCAUGCUGCCUUGGCUGGUGUAACAAGCGAGCCCGCCGAUCUGCUAGGCCUCGGGAAGCGACUCGGAAAGAUCAAGCCUGGCUACGACGCGGACGUGGUCGUCUGGGACAGCGACCCGUUAAGUGUCGGAGCGACUCCCGUCCAGGUAUGGAUCGAUGGUACAAGCCAGUGGGAGGACCCAGUCGAGCUGAACAAGCCCGUCACCGCACCACUCGUGCCAGACCUGGCGCUGAACAAGACGAACGAGGAGACUGCGCAGCUCAGGGACGUCCUGUUCACUGGUGUCUCCAGUGUUCUGCUCUCCGACCACGACGAGGUCGCCGGUGCUGGAGCGACCUUCAACGUCGCCGUAUCUGGAGGAAAACUCACCUGCAUCGGAGCUUGCGAGGCGGAGCUGCGUUCCGCCACCACAGCAGGAACCAAGGUGAUCAGCCUCAAGAACGGGUACCUGACCGAUAGCUUCACCGCGUUCGGCUCAACGAUCGGCCUGAACGAGAUAGACGCCGAGUCGAGCACCGACGACGGCGACAACUCGGACGUCUUCAGCCGCGCGGCGGACGGCCUGGCCCUCGACAACAAGAAGCUGAGGGUAGCGCACGAGUUCGGCGUCACGCGGGCCAUCACGGCGCCCAAGUUCGCUGGCGGGUCCAACGCCGCGCGCCAGGGCGUCAGCGUGGGCUUCACCACCGGGGCCAGGACGGCCCUGGACGAGGGCGCCGUGUGGGCCGACGACGUCGCGGUGCACUACACGCUCAGCCUCGCGGCGAAGCGGGACAAGACACCGUCCACGUCGAGCGCGGUCGGCGCGUUCCGCCGCAAGCUGCUCGCGGCUCUCAGUUCUGCUGAAGAGAUCAAGGACCAGUACUCGGAGGAGGCGUACCUGAAGAAGGUCGUCGCGGGCGACCUGCCUCUCGUCGUCACCGUCCACAGCGCGGACGCCACCGCCUCGGUCCUAAAGGUGAAGCACGUGGUCGAGAAGGAGGGCGGCAAGCUCCGCCUGUCCAUCAUCGGCGGCGCCGAGUCGUACAUCCUCGCCGACGAGCUGGCCGCCGCGGGCGUCGGCGUCGUGCUCGCCCCGGCGGAGAGCUAUGCCACCGAGUGGGACCAGCGCCGCGCGCUCUCCGGCGCGCCCUUGACCAACGGGACGGCCAUCGACAGGCUUGUCGACGCCGGCGUGGUCACUGCCAUCGGGCUCGAGGAGGACUGGCUCGUCCGGGACCUCGCCCUGUUGGCGGGCCGGGCCUACAGGAAUGGCGAGGGCCGGCUGAGCGAGAAGGACGCCCUGGCGCUCGUCUCGGCGAAUGUGUACAAGAUCCUGGGCAUCGAGGUGCCCAAGGCGAAGGAUGGUCAUUUCAUUGUGUCUGAGGGGAGCCCGCUCGAGAUUGGAUCGAGGGUGAAGGCUGUUGGUGGCGGCCUUGGGAAUGUUUCCGUGUUUGAGUAG